AUGGUGAACAUGAAUGAGGCGUCGUGUGAUAAUCCUUAUUGCCAUAUCAUCACCAACGCAUGUAACAAAAGAUGCUACAGCGAAUCAUUCAGUAGCCCAAUGCCAAUGAUCGGUAUCUAUGUAGCAGCAGCAUCUCUACUUUGUAUCCUUGCUAUGGCUGCUGAUGCUUUCCAAGCCUUCCGCUUAAAGAGACUUUGGUUCCCAUGCAAAUUCUUUGCUCUGAAUGCUGCUUCUCUUACAGUGUUAGCUGUAGCAAUGAAGUUGCCUGUCGAUAUAUCUGAACCGAUGCCAGGUCAUACUGACCAGCUUUCCAAACUGGCCAGCACUGCUUUCAUGUGUGUUGUAAUAGGUAACUUCAUGCCAUCAAUAGGAGCCACGAGUAACAAAGAAAUUUUGUCGAACGUUGUAGCUCUGGACAUCCUGGUAAUCACAAUCAUUGUCAAUCUAUGCAUUGAAAUACAUACUGGUUUGAUUGUUAACCUGAAAUAUGAAUUUAUAGCAACUAUAUUCCUCAUGUUUCUUCUGAUAUUGGUACUGAGUUUCUCCUCUUUAACACUUGCAACCACCAAAAAAAUUCCUGAACUUAACUAUAAAGAAGCAUAUCAAAUUACCUUGAGGAAUGAUGCACUAGCAUUCGGAAGGUUGUCCAUCGAUAGACUGAGAGACACUGUGGAGAAGCGUUGGAUGAUGGUCGAAACUAGUAACCCUCAAUUUGUGAUGGCACGUUCUGUAACCUUUUCGACUUCAGGGACAAUCUGUGUGUUGGCAUCUCUAAUUUUGAUGGAAGCUCUUAUAAGAAUAUAUAAUUCACCUCCAUAUUUCCCAAAUAGUUCAACAUACAAAUGGACAACAAGCUUAAUUCUUAUUGUUCAGUCUAUUGGGGUGGUAGUGAGUACUUUUGCUCCAGCACUCAGAUGGUUUAUCUGUAUAAGCUUCAAGUGUUCCAACAAAACAGGCAAUGCCAAUGCUAAUUUCUUUAAAGUCGAACACUAG